AUGGAGAGACAACAGACUUUCCAGCGGUUAAAGCAGCCUUGCAUACAACUCCUACAAGUCACUGCAAGCAUCUCGCAGAAUCCAAGCGCUCGAAAAGAGCUGACACAGGCACUUACCAGUCUACUUACUACGCUUCAAUCUAUAAGUAGUAGGCCUGGUCUACUGGACGCAAAACUGGCUGAAUAUGCUUUCGUCCCCAUAUCUCAAGUGCUCAGAAUCUCUCGACAGGUUCCGGUUAGAGCAUUAGAGCUCUGCUUGGAAUGUAUUUCGACCUUACUGUCCGCUGGCUGGGGAGGCGGCCUUGAGCCUGCUCUAUCUGGGCAACUCCUCAUCCUAUUCACAUUUCUGGCCAAGCCUUCCUCCACAGAGACUGGCAUCUCUGCCACCUCAGAGGAGCUACAAUCAUUGGCGCUGAAGUGCACAUCUGAGUUGAUGACUGAGACGUCCCGUACGAAGCAGGGUCGAAAAGCUAUAACUGCUACGACCAACAUACCUGCCCUAGGCGAGGCUGUACUAGUCAUACUCGAGAGCCUUACUGAUAGUAACUCGAACAACGUCAAAUUUCAGGCUAUAUGUGCGCUUAAAAGCACUGUUAGCGCGAUCGACGAUGACGAUGCUCUGGCCAGCUUUCUGCCUAGGAUAGUGUCAUCCCUGACAAAGGUAUUGACACCAAGCAGCAGCAAUCGAUCCGGCUUUCGCAUUGUCGAGCAAAGCUUGGAGGUACUCACGUCACUUUUUGUUCGCCUGCUCAGCGAUGCGAAGACCAAAAACUUACCUGAGAAAACUCCAUCAAAUAAGUCGGGAGAUGUCACCACAACAUCGCGAUCAACUUCGUGGCUACAAGCGACUGCCUCCCAGAUCAAGAUCGCGCUUGCAAACGUCUUCAAACUGAGAGACCAUGACAAACCAGAGGUUCGGCAAGCUCUUUUGAAGCUAUGUCUCUCCACCAUACAGGAUUGUCGUACAUCGCUAUCACUUUGUACAAGUAUGGCUAUUGAAACCAUCAUAAAUCUAGCAGGGCAUGAAAACUCCAAUGAGAAAGUUGAGAACGAACUCAGAGGGCUAUUGUCCGCGGACCAGAACCUUUCCGACCUUUUACGUGAAAGCCUGCAUGGUUGGAUCGUAGCGCUGCCUAGACUUAUGCGAUCAAAAGACGAUGGUAGCCGCCAUCGGAUCAUACAUCAGAUCUCAGUCUCACUUCGACUGUUCGAGCAAGAUCCAACUAUCCUGGACGAUCGGCUUACCGAUAGCCUUAGGGAUGGUGUUUCUGCAGUUUUCUCCGAUGCCAAAGGGCUAGAGGAGCUGAGCGACCACAAUCCGAAUCCAAUCACCGAUCGCACACUGGCAUUGAGCUCGACGAAGUCGUCUUCUUUCCCUCCAAUUAGUUUACGAUUUAAAGGCCAGGAUGACAUGAUGACAGAGUUCAAAGCAUUGGUUCAGGGGCUCGCGCGAUCCAAUUCAGCUUUAACGGUUGCUCAAGGGCUGACUAGCUCUAUUGACCUUGGGUCAACCGAGUCACGCUUGGCAAGCUUUUGGCUGUCAGUCAAUCUAGUAAGAGACAUAGCAACAAUCAACCCAUCCGUCGAUGAUUUCAUGGAUCUGGGAACACCAAAUCCCAGGGAAGAAGUCCUCGACGACUUGUACUCACACUCUUUGUCACUACUUAACCAGCGAGAUCCAGAUACGGAAAAUCCUUGGCAGUUCUAUGCAUUAGCACUUGAGACGGUAGCUUUGCAGGCGAAGCGGUACAGAACUGAAUUCCGCCCGGAGUUGAGCGAGGUACUUUAUCCAGUGCUCCAUCAUCUUGGAAGCUCAAACAGUGCACUACGCGAGCACGCACUGACCUGUCUCAACAUCGUCGCAGAGGCUUCAGGAUACAGUAGCGCAGGGGAGCUCGUUGUUGCGAAUGUUGAUUACAUUGUCAAUGCUGUUGGCUUGAAGUUGGCUUAUGGCGAUGUCUCGCCCCAAGCUCCGCAGGUUUUGCUCAUGAUGAUGAGGCUCUGCGGUCCAUCUCUCCUGCCAUAUCUGAAUGACCUUGUUGAUAGUAUCUUCAAUGCCUUGGAGAGAUAUCAUGGUUAUCCCAAACUCGCAGAGCUUCUAUUCUCUGUACUAAAAGGCAUGGCGGAAGAAGGUGUCAAGGCGCCGCAACUUGCGUUAACAGCUGGAGAUGAGAAACGUGAAGAUGGGUUUGCGAAAAGAAUGGCUACCAUGAAUAAUGUCGUGGAAGCAAUCCAGAAAUUAGACGCUGACGCAAGAAAUCGGGAGGAAGAGGAGAAGCAAGUACUGAAAGAGCCGUUCCCACAAAAGCCCUGGAAAGAAGAGAAGAGUUCAGAAAACACAAACCCAGACGAUCCUGACGAGGAAGACGACCAUCCGCCUCCACCUCAGAAUGAAGAGCCAGCCCCCCCCGCCCCUCGUACCUUCACCAUCCUCCUCAAAAUUUCUGAGCUCACCCAGCAUUAUCUCACUACCACUUCGCCGACUCUCCGAAACUCACUCCUAUCCCUCCUGCGUACCACUAUACCCGCCCUCGCGAAACACGAAAAUUCAUUCCUGCCACUCAUCAACACCCUCUGGCCUGUAUUGCUGCCUCGACUGCAAGAUCCAGAAGCAUAUGUGGUAUCAAAUGCGCUCGACAUCGUAGCAUUGAUGUGCGAACACGCGAGAGAUUUCAUGAGGACAAGAAUCGAAGAUGCAUGGGAUCUCAUUAGGAAGAUCUACAGGCGAACCAAGCAGCAUGAUGACCACGGCAGGGGCGGCAGCUCCAAAUCCACAUCGCUGAAGAUCACGGGGAUCGAAACUGGCAUGACGAGGCUGUCUAUGGACCUACAACCCACCACCGACCUUUCUCGGCCGGAACUGUAUAUCGAUGCGCCUACACGCAUGAUCUGGAACAGCUUAAUCAGCUUGUUAUGCGCUAUCGCUAAGCAUGUGACGGUACGAGAAGAGCGCUUUGAGGAGAUGUUGGAUAUGCUAGACCCUGUACUGGCAAGAAGCGACGUGCGAGAAGCGUUAGAACACAGCAACGCCGAUGCAGUCUGGUUGCGGCUUUACAAGAAACAGCAGCAGACUGGUAGGGGACAACAGAUCAGCUCUGAUGCCUCGACGAAAGCACGUGGGUUGCUAGGCAAGAUACCCGUUGGGAAAUCGUACUGGAAGUUCGUACGGCUCUAG